UUAAAAACCUAGCCUUUGAGACGACUAAAAAAGAAUUAAGAGAAUUGUUCAGUGCGUACGGUCAAAUCAAAACUCUUCGACUACCCAAAAAAUUUGAUGGAACUUCUCGUGGUUUUGGAUUCAUAGAAUUUCUUACAAAAAGAGAUGCCCGAAAUGCAAUGGAAAAAUUGGGAGAAACACACUUAUUAGGUAGACAUUUGGUUCUUGAGUAUGCCGAAGAGGAUAAGGAUGUUGAAGAAUUAAGGGAGAAGGUUGGAAGGGAGUUUAUUGGAGAGGUUGAAGGCGGUAACGGGAGGAUGCGAAAGAAGAAAAAGGUAGACAUUGAAGAUUGGACGGAAGUCAAUAAUGAAACGGAUGAAUGA